AAUGCAGGCCCUGCACGUUUUGUCUCUGACUCUGCUGUCCGUCCUGGCCGUCAGCGGCCAGAACUUCCACCCGGGGAGGUGUCCCACGCCCCCUGUUCAGCAGAACUUCGAUGCGACCAGGUAUGUGGGCAGGUGGUACGAGAUCCAGAAGCUUCCCGCCAUCUUUCAGAAGGGAGAGUGUGGCCAGGCCACUUACACCCUGAGAAGCGACGGUGUCGUCCAGGUUCUGAACGAGGAGUGGCUGGCCGAUGGAACCGUCAAUUCCAUUGAGGGGACCGCCAAAGUCAAGGACGUCUCAGAGCCAGCCAAGCUGGAGGUCAGCUUCUAUGAGGGCACUCCUCCUGGUCCUUACUGGGUUCUGUCCACUGACUAUGACAACUAUGCUCUGGUCUAUGGCUGCACCAAUUACUUUGGUCUCUUCCAUGUAGACUUUGCCUGGAUCCUGGCCAGAUCUCGCUCUCUUCCAGCUGAAACCAUGGACGAGGUGCAUGGCAUUCUCACCUCCAAUGGCAUCAAGAUCGACAAACUGACCACAACUGACCAGAGCCCAGAGCUUUGCAGCAACAUGCCCCUGUAA